AGCCAUGAGCUUUUUUGUCGGUCAAUCCCAGGGGAUUCUUCUUCCCAGUCGGCUAUGGUUGUCCAACGUGGUCCCUCUUCUGGUCGUUUCAAACCAGCAGCAUCCGGCCACUCUGCUAAGAUCUCUACAACCACCUGCCAAUGGUGUGGCAAAGAACGGCACACUGCCAAGAAAUGUCAUAAACUUGGCAAACUAUUGAAGAAAGCUAAGGCUGAAGGUUUGAUUGAAGCAUUCGCUGCCACUUCCCUUGAUGAUUCUCCAGAUACUGAGUGGUACACAGACACGGGUGCAACUUCUCACAUGACUAAUGAUGCUGCUGCGCUUGAUGAAUCUGUUCCUUACACGGGUAAUCAACGGGUCUUUGUGGGAUCUAGCAACAAGAACGGUGGUGGGAGUCGGGCGCUGUGAGAAAGGACUUUAUAUUCUUGAUCGUGGCCAUGCAAGUUUUUUUUCCAGUCUUUCUCUAUGUAAUUCUCGUGCAUCCUCUGCCAUUUGGCAUGCACGAUUAGGACACCCUUCUUUUCGCAUUGUUUCCUCUUUGAAUAAGCAUGGUGUAAUCACAAUUUCUAAUAAAGGCAACUUUGAUUCCAAACUGUGUUUUGGUUGUCAAUUAGG